UCUUUUUCCUUUUCGGAUUUGUAGGUGUUUCAAAAAGUUUUUAACCGCCUCGUUUGAAAGUAAAAGCAGCGAUCUCAUUCUGAUCUUGUUGCCGACACUUCCCUCCAUUCUCAUAUUAUCACAAUGAGUUUGAAUUCAUUUCGCUCCUCCUUAGCCCCCAAUUCCAAACGAGUUUCUUCCAAUCGAUCCAAUGAUAACAGCAACAACAGCAAGAGGAAGAAGCAGAAGACCACCGCCACAACCACCAACCAGAAAACCUUAGGCGUCGCCUGGGGAUCCAAUUCCCGAAAACCUCCCUCCUCCGAUUUCGGCAGUUAUAUGACAGAGAAGAAUCGGAAACUACACAAUCAGUUUAACGCCGAUGCUUCCACGUCUUUGUUUAGCGGCUCUACCUCCGGGAAGCCUAUAUUUGCCGGAGUUUCGAUUUUUGUUGACGGUUUCACCGUUCCUUCCAGUCAGGAACUGCGAAGCUACAUGAUAAAGUAUGGUGGAAGAUUUGAGAAUUAUUUCUCAAGGCAUCGUGUAACACAUAUCAUCUGCAGCAAUCUUCCUAACAGUAAAAUUAAGAACCUCAGAUCUUUCAGUGCAGGGCUUCCGGUGGUAAAACCUACUUGGAUUUUAGAUUCUGUCGCGUCUAAUAAACUCUUGACAUGGAUGCCUUAUCAACUUGAACAGCUUUCUUCAAAUAAACAACCAAAACUGUCCACAUUCUUCUCAUCGAGAAGUAGAAAAAAUUUGGAGGAUACUUUUAUUAACUCCCUUUGUCAAGUAGAGACAGACGUUGAAGAUUCACUUGCUAGUGUUGGCAAAUCAGAGGAUACUUUUACUAACACCCUUUGUCAAGUAGAGCCAGACAUUGAAGAUUCACUUGCUAGUGUUGGCAAAUCAGAGGAUAGACAUUCACCCAAAGUUGGGGAGGCGGUUGAAUCUAGAAGGGAAACCAGUAUUGAAGCUGACGAUACUGUCCUGGAGAAUACUGAUGCAGUUGUGAUGGAAGAGCAUCUGGCUAGAGUUGGAGUUAAAUAUGAUGACGAAGAUCUAGCAGGAGGAAGCAAUGGUGCCGCUAAUGAUGAGAAAAACUUCCAAGGUGAACUUGAACCUAAUUGUCAAGAACCUUCUACAUCUGUUAGAAGUCUUUGUGCAGAUGACCAGAAUGUAAACGGAUUUCCAAGUUCUGCCUCCAUCAGGCCUUCUAAACAGUGUCAUUCAACUCUUUCAGAUCCUAAUUUUGUGGAAAAUUAUUUCAAGAACUCACGGCUACACUUCAUUGGAACAUGGAGAAAUCGGUAUCGGAAGCGCUUUCCUAUCUCGUCUUCUGGGUUCAACAAUGAAAUUUCUAAUAUCAAUGCCUCUAGUACUUCUGGGAAUUCAGUUGUUAUCCAUGUUGACAUGGAUUGCUUUUUUGUCGCAGUGGUUAUCAGGAACCACCCUGAAUUGUUGGACAAGCCUGUAGCAGUCUGCCACUCGGAUAACUCUAAGGGAACUUCUGAGAUUUCCUCUGCAAACUACCCAGCUCGUAGUUAUGGUAUUAAGGCUGGCAUGUUUGUUCGAGAUGCCAGGGCUCUUUGUCCCCACCUUGUUAUCGUUCCAUACAACUUUGAAGCUUAUGAGGAAGUAGCUGAUCAAUUUUAUAGUAUAUUGCAUCGACAUUGCAACAAAGUGCAGGCUGUGAGCUGUGAUGAAGCAUAUUUAGAUGUCACCCACUCAAAGGUUGAAGAUCCUGAACUUUUAGCAUCAUCAAUUAGGAAAGAGAUCUAUGAGACCACUGGAUGUACAGCCAGUGUUGGCAUAGCUGGAAACAUGCUUAUGGCCCGUAUUGCUACCAGAACUGCUAAACCAAACGGUCAAUAUCAUAUAACUCUAGAAAGGGUUGAAGAUCAUUUACGUCAACUCCCAAUUAAUGCACUUCCUGGAGUGGGGCAUGUUUUACAGGAAAAAUUGAAGAAGCAGACUGUUCAAACAUGCGGCCAAUUGAUGAUGAUUUCCAAGGUCUCACUGCAGAAGGACUAUGGAAUGAAAACUGGAGAAAUGCUGUGGAAUUAUAGCAGAGGAAUUGAUAACCGGUUGGUUGGAGAUUUUCAGGAAUGUAAGUCUAUUGGGGCUGAUGUAAAUUGGGGUGUGAGGUUCAAAGAUAUGAAAGAUUGUGAGAACUUCCUCACAAACCUUUGCAAGGAGGUUUCAUUAAGAUUGCAAAGUUCUGGCAUGCAAGGGCGCACAUUCUCUCUCAAGAUCAAAAAGAGAAAAAAAGAUGCCGAUGAACCUGUGAAGUUUAUGGGCUGUGGAGACUGUGAAAAUUUGAGUCACUCAGAAACGAUUCCUGUUGCCACUGAUAAUGUGGAAGUACUCCAAAGGAUAGCGAAACAGCUUUUUGGAAAUUUUUACAUAGAUGUCAAGCAGAUCCGAGGUAUUGGCUUGCAUGUUUCCAGACUUGAAAGCAGCGAGACAUCUAAGCAAGGUGCAGAAAAAUAUAAUUUGAAAUCAUGGCUCACUUCAGGACCUGCAAGUAUGGAUAAACGGAAACAUCCUACAGGUCUUGACAAGAAGAACGCGGAUGGCCCUUCGGUUCAUGAAUAUGGAAAUUUGCCAGGGUCUUCAGUUCCAAUGGAAAAUAACAUACAAGAUAACCAAGCUAGAGCUGACGUGAGUUUAACAACACCUCCUUUGGAUAUCCUUGAUAUGGAAGUUAUGAGAAAUCUUCCCCCAGAAUUAUUUUCAGAAUUCAAUAAAGUUUAUGGAGGGAAGUUAGCUGAUUAUAUUACUAAAGGGAAAGGUAUAAGUGAGAAUUCUAGCGCUUUACGAAACUCUCUUUUGGAAAAAGAAGCAAUAAAAAAGAAAGAGGAGCUUUUGGAUGUCGAGCCGAUUCUUCAAAAAAAGCCAUUAUCUGAGAUCGAGGCAAUGCAACAUGAGGCAGAAGGAGGUGAAGUUGUACCUGAUUCAGUGUCUGAACCCUCUUUUAACGUCACUCACAAAUCAAGUUUUGAAAAAGAUGAUUUAUUGCCUGCUUCUUUAAGUCAACUUGACGGCUCUGUAUUACAAGAAUUGCCCGAAGAUUUGAAAGCAGACAUUGUUCUGCAGCUUCCUGCACACAGGAAACAAGAGAUUUGCUCCAAUGUUGCUGUGGUCCCUCCUAGUGAAAACUAUCAGGUGUCAACAGGUGUCAACGAUUCUGAGAAUCUUAGAUCAAAUCAUGCUCUGAAUGAAUGUCUUUGGGCUGGGAAUCCUCCAAAAUGGGUGGAGGAGUUCAAAAUCAGCAGUUGCUUAGUAUUAAAGAAACUUGCUGAAAUUUAUUAUAAAUCUGGGUUGACUAGCACCUUAUCAUCAGUUUUACACCAGAUUAUAUCUGAAUUCCACCAGCUAAAUCUAGUCCAUCACAUUUCCGAUGACUCUGUUAACAUCACAUGUGAGCUACUGAAGCAAUAUAUCAAAGUGAAGAUAGGAAAAGAUAUUGAGGAGAUUUAUAUUUGUUUUCGGCUUUUGAAAAGGUUUGCAGCAGCAUCACAAUUUUUCCUACAAGUGUAUAAUAAUGUAUUUCCAUACCUUCAGGUAUACCUUAUCAACCAAACAAGACAUCAUGAAAAUAGGGUGGAAAUCAGGAGGGGUGUAUGGUAGCUCUUAAAAUGUUUUAAUAGGAUGAAGUCUAGUGAUGGUCUGGUGGUUUGUACUUGGAAAAAUAUAUCUUUUAACGGAAAUGGUAUUUGGUAGUCUUAGUUAUAGUCUUUUUUAGUGCAGGACUUACUCUUUUGGAAAUAAAAUAAAUGUAUCUUUUCUAAUUAAAGAACAAUUGGUCAAUGUGAGCACAAAAAAAUUACAAAAGACAGGCAGGCGGAUAAGGGCUCCUUAUCUUUUCAUCAAUACAUAUUGAAUUAACUCUGGUUUAAAUUAUGUAGGAAGCUGUUGAUGACAAUUAUGGAGGGAGUUUGUUUAUAACCUAGUAACACUCAGAUAGUCAGUCUUAUUCUACUAUGGGAUAUUGAGAAAAAAAUCUCUGGUUUCUAUGUGAGCCUAUGUGGUCAUCUCACAAACCAACAGAUCUAUCGACCAUGAUUUCUUGCAGAAACAACCUGAUGAUUUGAAAAUUAGAGAGAGAAGAUAAGAUAAAACAGGGUCGAGAUUGAUGCGAUAACACUUGCUUAGUUAUUGAAUCGGGCAUCAUUAUUGUAGUUACAGCUGGGAAGAGGGCAGAUUUGGUCUUGAAGAAUCAUAAUAAGCUGCUUGUGUAAUUCAGUGCUGCUUUGCUGCAAAAUAAAAAAGGUAAUUUCUCAGCAUGAUAUGAUGAGUAGCAGCUUUGGUUUGGCAGGUAUUAUGCUUGGCAACGGGCAACAAGAUGGAGAUGGACAUGAAAAUGCAGAUACCCGACCUACUAAACUUAUAUUACACAUGCACAUGGUUCGAGCCUGGGAAUUUUAUGAAGCUGCCUGUGUUGCUGCCUUCCAUGUCCUUGCAGCAUGACUUCAUGAGUCCAAUACCAAGGGAUUAAUUUUAUGUAUGUAGCAUCAUUAUUUUGGACAUAGACAUGGUUUGUCACAGUGAAUGGAUGAGGACUGGAACUGAUCUAUUAAUUGAGAUAUAUGGUGACCAUACAUAGUCUUUCAGUCAAAUUAAAGCUCACUUGCUAGUAACCACUAGGCAUCAACACUGGAUCUCAGACUCCUCGGAAUAACUUUUUGCCACUGCUCAUUGUAAUUUGCAACAAUCAGGUUGGAAGAAUUGUAUAGGGAUUUGACACUCUAAAUAGAAUAUUAUUAAAUUUGGCUUGGCCUUAUAGUCAAUUUAUUGGUUGUUGAUGACAAUUUGGCUACUUGUUUUACUGAUUAAGGACUUUGUAUAACUUUGGAAUAAGGAUCAUGGAAAGUCAAUUAUUUAUGGUAAUGAAACCAUUGAGCAUCUUUCUUCAUUGUCUCCUUGUUUUUUUUGGUAUACAUAUACGAAUAAUGCAUUUACAUGUUUAUCUUAUGAGGAUUAAUUUCAGGUUGGGAGGAAAACCAUAUAAAUUUGACAAUUAAACCGGUCUAAAUUGAAGCAAUUUGUUCUUUUAGAAAACUAAUUUCAUUAUGUUUCAACUUGGAUAACUCAUACUUUUAAAUAUUUUAGACUCGAUCCAGCAAUUCAGUGAUUAAUUAAUAUCCCCAAUUUAAAAUAAUUGUAUCACUUCAUCACAUAUAAUAUUCAACUAGAUGUUUGUACGAUUCAGUUUGAAUGAAGACCACCUAACAAGUGCAUCCUAGUGUAUGCUUAUAGUAUUUAUCUUUUGAGCAACAAAAGCAUUUUUAGUAGGCAUAAAUUUGAGGACUCUAGUAGAAUUGUUUUUUAUUAAAGACUUUUAGUAUCCAGCACAAUUUUCAACCUUAAAUAUUGCUCACUUUUACCUCAAUAUAUAAAAAAUAAUAAUCAUUCAUUUUUUAUUAUGAUCCUUUCAUUUCUUAAUUCAUGGUAGCAUACCGUCCAAAGAAGUAUAUACAGUGUGAACCUCUCAAUGCUUUGUGAGCGACACAUUUAUUGACCAAUGUAUUAACACAGAAAACACACUGAAACUUAAAUUUAGGUGGGAAAAUAGGAAGAUAUUGUCAAAGUGAGAAUUUAGUUGGUAACUUAGGUUUUAAUAUUAGUAGUAAGAAAAAAAGUCAAAUUGCAAAGCCACGUGCAUUCACCAACUACAAAGCAAACAUAGUAAAUUGACUUACUCCUAAUAUUUUAUUAGUGUACAAGGCAUAAAUCCUUCAACAGUCAAUAAACCGUACUCUUUUUUUCCUAUGAAAAUAAAUUAAACAUUUUGCCGUGUAGGAAUUCAAAACUGAAAUGUAUUGCUUAUGGAUUGUUCAAACUUAAUAGCCUUCCAACCACGCAACAACAAAUGAUUCAAGUCAAUAAACAACAAAACAAUUCAUCCAUUUUCCAUACACAUUCCUAUAUUAUAUAUAUAACAAUACUCAUCUUGUUUAACACAACAACACCAUUCCAUUAUAAUAUAUAUUGUGUACGUUUUUGUACAUCUUGCAGUUCCAAAAUGAAGCAGGGUUAUUAUUCUCUUGCACUUUUUUUCAUGAUAUUUAUCUUCUUCUUGCUCUCACACUCCAUACAAGUUGAAGGGAUGAGACCUCUCAAAGAUCAAUCUGCUCCAUCCAUCCUAAGUUUGAUAAUCAACAGGGCUUAUUCUGGGCCAAGCCACAGAGGACGUGGUCACUGAACUCAUAUAUAUAUGCAUGCUGAUUCAAGAUUUUUUUUUUUGUAUGUUUUUUUGUUUAUAGACAGUAAGAAUUCAUGUCUUUCUGAUUGUAGAAAGCCAAUACUUGAAGUGUAUGUGACUCUCAAUUUUACUUUCUGGUUGAAAUUGAAUUAAUGUAGCAAUUGAAAUC